AAGGAUAUAUUGACUCAAAGCUGGUCUGCAUGCUCCACAGAGUGUGAGAGACAGAGGAUGUGAGAGCAGGCAAGAUGGAGUGCUGGCACAGAUGAAGACUGUCCCUGGUCCCGUCUGACAGUCCACAUGAGUGUCUCCAAGCCCCCACCGCCACCCUCGACCUCCCACCUGGCCAUCCCCCCUUCCUCCGCCUCCACCCCUUCCUCGUCCGCCUCCUCCCCCUCGGCGACGCCCCACUCUAUCGCCCCGCCCCCGCCCUCGCCGGUCAAAAUCUCUAUGCAGGAGCACUUUGCCAUUAACGUGUGCCCAGGGCCCAUCCUCCCCAUCCCACAGAUCUCAGACUUCUUCCCGCGUUUCCACGACUACCCCUGCACGCCGCCACCUCCCAGGGAGAAGAAGAUCCUGAAAGAGGAGACUUUCAAUGGGGAGACGGGCGGAGGGUACAAGGAUGGCGAGAGAAGAGGGGAGAAUGAGGGUGACAGGGAGGAGCUGAUCGACUCUGAUGAUGAUGACACCUACCUGGGAACGCUGGAGUUCAACCUGCUCUUUGAUCAAGAAAACAACUGUCUGCAUUGUACUAUUCACAAGGCAAAGGGACUGAAAGCCAUGGACUCCAAUGGGCUGGCUGAUCCAUACGUCAAGCUGCAUCUUCUCCCUGGGGCUAGCAAGGCAAACAAACUACGCACAAAAACCCUGAAAAACACACUGAAUCCUGUGUGGAACGAAACGCUGGUGUAUCACGGCAUCACUGCAGCAGACAUGACCACCAAAACGCUCAGGCUGUGCGUCUGUGACAUGGACAGACUAGGACGAAAUGAAUUCAUCGGAGAGGUGAGAGUGGCUCUGAAGAAACUGAAAGAAGGCGAGAGCAAACGCUACAACAUGGGCCUGGAGAGAAUUGCACAGAAUAAAGAAACUAACAAUCAAACACAGGAGCAGGGAGCGCUAGUUGCAGAAGAGGAGCGUGGCCGCAUCCUGGUGUCACUGUGCUAUAACACGGAGAAGGGCUGCUUGCUGGUUGGGAUCAUACGCUGCGCCCAUCUGGCCGCCAUGGACUCCAACGGCUACUCUGACCCCUUUGUCAAAACCGUCUUACAGCCAGAUAUGGGGAAAAAGUCCAAAUACAAGACUUCCGUGAAGAAAAAGACUCUCAAUCCCGAAUUCAAUGAGGAGUUUUCAUAUGAAGUAUCCUUGGACCAGCUGGCGAAGAAGACCCUGGAGAUCACUGUGUGGGACUAUGACUUGGGAAUGAGCAACGACUUCAUAGGAGGAGUGGAGCUGGGCAUCAAUGCGAGCGGAGAGAGACUCAGACACUGGUUCGAGUGUCUCAAAAACAAAGGGAAGAAAGUCGAGUACUGGCAUACGCUCACGCAGCAAGGAGCCCCAAGCAGUGACAAACCGGACUAGAUUAUACAAGAUAUUCAUGAUACAAACGCAUAAAUGCACACACAUGCAAAUGCACUAUACCACACACACACACAUUUAUGUCUCACUGAACGAUGGCCGAUAACAGAAUGUGAGUAAGGAAGAAAUAAGAACAAAGGAUAAAACAUGCAAUAACAAUACUGAUUAAAAUCUGUCUCAUAUUGCCAAUAAAUACGGCGCAGAGUAUUAGUAUAUGAUAUUCAUACUAAUAUUAGUGAUGGUAAUAAGGUGUAAUCUGAAUACUUUUCUUUUCCAAGGUAAACCAAAUUGUGACAAUGUCCUCAUUAAAGUGUUGACGUAACAAAACAAAGCUCACUAAAUUGUGCUUUAGACCGUACUGUAUUGUAGAAGUUGCUCAUGUCCAUUCAAAUUUUAUGCAUAAUGACCAGAUUUGAGACUAAUGCACUCAAAAUUCAUUCAGUGAAAGUACCUGACAGUAUGUGCACCCUUUGUGACUCAUUAUGUGGUACGCAGAUGCAGGAGCGGGGGGGGGGAGGGAUGUUACGAAAGGAUGAUUGUCGUGAGAAGUCUCUUAUCUUCGUGGAUGUCUAUCUAAUGCAAAACAACACACCGUAUUAUAAAGCACAAAAAGAUCCGUUCGGUGGAUUUCUACCUUUACCUUUUCAUUGUUUUUAUGUAUUUUCAUUGUCUUCUGGUGACAGUGGUGUUUUAUCCACCUUCACAUGAGACGAUAAUGUGUCAAAAUGUGCGCGUGCGUGAAGGCUGUGAGACUAUGAGUGCCUGCUUUUUCUGCCUGUGCAGCGUCUGUUAAUCUGUAUUCACGUCAUGCCCCAUUCAAAACGUCUCCAUCCGAAUUCAGAAGCGCAGAGGUGCGAGGGAAUGUUUUUUAAAAAAGGACAAAAGAGAGAAAUCCUCUGUUACCACCGCAGGCCUCAGUGGUGCGAGUGCGCCCGGCCACUUGUUCCAGGCCUUUGCUAUCUCUGUCUCCCACUGCCAGAAAGCCAAAAGAGCAACUUUAAGAAAGGCAAAUACUGUGGUGCGUAACCUUUGACUGCUCCUGUCUGAUGAAAGCCCAAAGCUGUGUCCACAGCAGGCAAAACGAUGUCUUUCAGAGUAUCCUGCACUGUGUUGCAGCAUUUCUGAAACAAAUUUCAUCUGGAUUCAAGACAGUUUACCUCAGUGACUGUAAUUUUUGCUCCAACAGAAACACCAGUUAUGCAACAUCUUCUUUCGUCAGUGCGGUGUCACAUAUUUUGAAUUUAAAGAUACAGGAAUUUGAUUAGUUCGGUUAUCUGAUUUUUAUAAACAGCUCGAAAAGGUUCCCUAACCCACAUCUGCACGACCUCAGACAUUCGAUAUUGGUAGAAGACAUCUGGCUGAAGGUGAGAUCAGCCAUCAGACGGAGUCAGUGUUUCGUCUGAUUGUCCCGUUAUUUUUGACCUGUUAAAUAUCAGGUCUCUUCUAAAUCAUCUACACGUCUAUUAAACACAGGAAUUCCUGUUCAGAUACAACUUUGCUUUUGGUACAAGAGCCUUCCUAUAAUUUAACCUCUCGGUGUAAAGGGUCCUUCAGGGUCAGUGGAAACGCACAGAUCCAACAACAAUAAGAUCCCAUUUUCAUCGAGCUGCAUGCAUGCCGUGGAUCUUUGUGCACAUUUCAGCAUUUUCAUAUAUAUAAAACUUAUCUACAUGCCUGCCAGGAUAUCAGAUGUCGUCCCCUGGUUCAUCUGUCACAGCAGCUCUGGCCAUACACUUGUUCAGAGAAGCACAUGCACGGUGGGUCAGUGGCCUCGGGGAGUUUUCUAACUGUUGAAUCGAUCUGGCUGCUCAUAUUCUUGAUGUCCUUCGAUAACCUUGUGAAUGUCUGAUUGCUGACAGCAAAAAAAACAAAAAAAAAAGAGAGAGAGAGAGUAGAUCCUCCAAAGUUGGAUUAGGAUAAGAAUAAAGGGCUUGGACACUAAUAAAAAACACUUUUAGGCUUCAGGAUAUUUUCAUUCAGAGCUUAAAUAAUGUCAGUAAGAUUUGGAAAAGGGUGGUAGGUUUAUUCUGCACUCUGUCUAUGCACAUUGAGACUCCCAGCACGUCAGCAGUGAGAUAAUCAAACCAAAACAACAUUAUCGUAUUAUCCAGGCAUUAAGGAUACAUUUCUGGUUGGCAGUGAUCAAAUAGAGUUCACAUUUCUGGCUGGGUGGUUAUUUGUUUCCGUCUCUGGAUCUGUUCGUUUUGUUUACAGUCACUGAAUUUUCUGACUCUUUGUCUAUUGACCCUGCUUUGCUUAUGUAAUCAUUUCAAUCUGCAGUACAGCUGCAUGUUUAGCAAUCCCCAUCAGCUUGUAUAAUAGAGUGCAACCUUAGCUGAUCGUUCUGAAUGCCGACGUGCCAUGCAUUCAGACUCCUCGCCAUCUGUGUAUUUGUUUGUGAAUACGACGAUUCAGGGUAUCUUUUUUGCUCAGUUCGCUUCGCUUUUCCGAGCAAGCUCUCGCUUUAACGAACAAAAAACCUUUACUGUCGCCGAUUUUGACACUCGUCUUCCUUGAAUUAUUAUCAGUGGUGAUGAUGUGGGAGGGCUGAGGAGGGAAUGAGAUGGGAAAAUCACUGUUGCAGUCCCUGUGUAUUCACUGUCCAUGUCAAUCACACAGUAUGGCUGCCAUCCUGUGGUGGGUUUGUGUAAGUACUUCUCAAAAUAAAUCAGAGCUGUAUCA